UCUGGCACCGUACUACAGCUUGCUGCCUUUAAGGGGGACGAGGCUAUGGUCAAGCUCCUUGUCGCUCAUGGUGCUCUCAUCGAUCAGGAAGGAGGCGAGUACGGAAGUGCUUUGCAAGCAGCUGCUUCAGAAGGACAUGUCAACACUGUCAGAAUGUUGCUUGAACUCAACGAUGAAAGCGAUAUGGAGCCAUUGGACUUGAAUAGGCAGACUGGUUCAACAAAGACAGCUCUCCAGGCAGCCGCCGCAGCCGGCCAUACUGAGAUCGUCCGAAUACUAUUGGAGCAGGACCUCGACGUUGACCAAAGUGAUGCGCAGCAUGAAAGUGCUCUUCAUCAAGCUGCUGCAAAUAAUCAUCUUGAGGCCAUAGAGCUUCUCCUUGGUAAGGGUGCUGAAAUUCUAUUGCCGGGACCCAAUGGAAGCGCGCUGGAUAACGCCAUCUACCAAGGUCACGAAGAAGCAGCCAUGAUGCUGUUGGCUGGUGGAGCAAAAAUAGAUGUUGAUAAUGACAAAAGUGCCGUUGCCAUGAAACACGCUCUCAAAUACAACCAUGGAGGCGUUGUUAACCUUAUCCUUUCUCAUGACGCACAUAAAGACGCCAAG